AUGCACGUUUAUAUCCUGUUUUAUCUGCUUCCGACUCUAUUCGCUUAUGAUUGUGAUGAAAUAUGCAAUGUAACGUUUAGUAUUAGGGAAAAUACAUUACAUAAUGAAUUACGAUGGAAUUUAACAGCAUUGUUGACGAAUCGAACGGUGUUAUUCAAAUAUUUUCAGUUUUCCUUGUCGAAUCCAUCGAAAUAUUUUCAAAUCAACUCGCCGAUAUUACAAUAUCGUCUAAAAGAACUCGAUCGAGAAGAAAUUUGCGAAAAUUUCCAUUCCAACGACGAAUGUUCAUUGCAAUUACAAAUCUUCACCCAAACUUCAUUUAUAAUCAUUUUCAAAUUGAUUAUCUUAGAUGAAAACGAUUGGAAACCAUUCUUUCCUCAAGAUUAUGUUCCAUUGACAAUUCGAGAAAAUCUUCCAUUGAACUAUCGAGUACAAUUACCGAUUGCUUACGAUUAUGAUUCGAUCGAAUACAAUAUCGAUCAUUAUGAAUUCAUCAAAACCAUCGACGAAGUCGAAAGAAUAUUUCAAUUAGAACAAACACCGGACGAACUUCGAUUAAAACUUAUUCGGACGUUAGAUUGUGAAACAACGAACAAUUAUCAGUUAUACAUCAUUGCCAUCGAUAAGGGUGGUUACAGAUCGAAUAUCUUACACGUUAAUGUCACCGUUGGCGAUUUUAAUGAAUAUCAGCCGAGAUUUACUCAACGCCUUUAUCAUACCAGUAUAUCGGAAAACUUUUCAAGUAUAAACUCUUCACCGAUCCUGCAAGUAACGGCCAUUGAUGACGAUUGCUAUGACCGAGUUAUUCUCUAUACAAUUCUGAAUACUGAUCUUCCUAAUGAAAUGUUUCCAUUCAAUAUUGACAAUCAUACUGGUUCGAUUCGAGUUCGAUAUGCACUUGACUAUGAAAACAUUUCUACAUAUCGCUUUCGUGUGAAAGCAUCGAAUCUCGAUGGAGUCACUUCGAGUAUUGUACCAAUCAUCAUCGAUAUAUCAGAUGUGAAUGAUAAUCGACCAAUGAUACAGAUGAAUAUUUUGAAUGAAUAUAAACGCGAAGAGAACGAGGAGAAUUUGAUUAUCAAUCUCAACGAGAGUAUUCGGUUAGGACAAGUUAUUGGAAAUAUUUUACUACGUGAUCUCGAUUCUGCAAUGAUUAAUUAUCGAUUGUCAUUGAAAAUCGUCUCUUGUCUACCGUUAUCAAUGGCCUGUCCGAUUGAAUUAGACUCGGGGAUGGAAAAUCAUACCUGGAGUUCAACAACCUAUCUAAUAAAAACAACGAGACAACUGAACAGAGAACACGGAGAUAAAGAAUUUGUCAUCGUUCUUGAAGCCAGAGACUAUGGUGAACCAUCGUUAAGUAGUCAACGACGUUUAAUUAUUCAUGUCAAUGAUGAGAAUGAUUGUGCACCAAAGUUUUCUCAUUUGAAUUAUCAAUUUCAAUUGUCGAAUGCUUCAUUACUUGGUUCUCUCAUCGGACAAGUCCGCGCACAUGAUGAUGAUCACUUGCCCGACCACCGCCGUGUUCAUUAUAAACUAUUUGAAUACAAUCAUCAGAACAUCGUUCGGAUCGACCCGACCAACGGAAGUCUUUUUCUAGUGAGAAGACCGACAACUACGACAAAAUUCAAUCUGACUGUUUUCGCCAUCGAUCAAUCGAACCAUUCAUUAUUUGAUCAAGCAAAUGUCGAAAUUCUAUUCCAUGAUGAACUGAAUUGUUCAGUUAUGUUUACUCAAGCAGUUUUUGUGUUUAAUACAACAGAACAUCAAAGAAUACCAUACCAACUUGGUCAAAUUCAUGUCAAUGACUGUGGUUCGACAUCGUACUCUGUAGCUGAACACAAUUCUUCGUCGAUAUUUCCAUUCAUUGUCGAUGCUCAUUCAGGUGUUAUAAAAGUCAUUCGCGAAUUAGAUCGAGAAACACAAUCUUUCUACAAAUUUCCGAUCAAAAUAUCAAAUUCAACAACUCAAACCGAAAUUCACGUCAACAUUCUCGAUCGUAACGAUCACUAUCCAAUAUUUGAUGAUUCCUUCGAACAAUACAUCUACGUAUCAACAAAUCAAUAUUAUCAUCAGAACAAUCAAAUAUUUAUCACACAUAUCCAUGCAACAGAUCUCGAUGACGAUGUCAAUGGUCUUGUCAAUUAUUAUUUUACCAAUAAAGAUCAUUAUAAUUAUUUUCAUAUCUAUUACAACGGAUCUGUUAUAUUGUACAAUUUGCAUAAUCUUCGUUUACCGAUUCGUUUGGAGAUUUACGCGCGUGAUCAUGGUUAUCCUAAAGCAUUGGAAUCGAAAGAAACGCUUGUUGUCUAUGUAUGUGAUAUCUUCGCGCAGAAUGAAUGUCCUUCGAAUAAAUUGCGACGAAAUUUCUAUGUCGGAUCAAUUAUCAUAAUGAUCAUUGUAGUUUUAUUUCUGUUGACUAUUAUUAUGUGUAUUAUUUGGAAUUUAUUCAUUAAAGAUUAUUGCAAAAAGAAGGAAGAUAAGAAAUCGUACAAUUGUCAAAUGGAAGCAAGAAAAAAUUUAAUUGUUUCAGAUAGUCUCUAUGAUGAAUCUCAAUCGAUCUAUGGAAAUCAUUAUUCAAAAUUAUUGUUCAAUCUUGCAACGAAUCAUCGCUAUCGAUCAUUUGGACUUUUGAAAAAUGUUCAACUUGCAUUCAAACGAUCAUCGGCUACAAUACCAGCAGCACCUGUUCGUACACCAUUGCCACCACUAUCCGCCGGUGCAAAACAACGUAUAGGUCUAUGGCUUGCUUGGACAGCAGGGAUGACCGCAGGUGCUGUUGUUAUUGGCGGUUUAACACGUUUGACUGAAAGUGGUUUAUCAAUGACAAAUUGGCAUUGGUUGAACGACAUGAAUCCACCGCGUACGACUGAAGCGUGGCAAGCAGAAUUUGAACGUUACAAAAAUUUUCCUGAAUACGAACAAAUGAAUCGCGAGAUGACAUUAGAUGAAUUUAAAAAAAUCUACUAUAUGGAAUUCGCACAUCGUAUGUGGGGUCGUGCGACGGGAUUAGUAUUUGCAUUUCCAGCAUUGAUGUUUUGGUAUCGCGGCUUAUUUGAUAGAGCUAUGAAAAUUCGUGUUUGUGUCUUCGGUGGAUUGAUUGCAGUACAAGGUGCGCUCGGUUGGUAUAUGGUGAAAUCGGGUUUACACAAAGAAACAUUAAUUGAUGGACGUGCAAGUGUUUCACCGUAUAGAUUAGCUGCACAUCUUGGUACAGCAUUCGUUCUCUAUUCAGGUCUACUAUGGAAUUCGUUUAAAUAUUUAACCAAGCCUGAUGUUUACGCAUCGACACGUGUUCCACGUGGGUGGGCAAUGGCUGUUCACGGUUUAUUAACAUUAACAUUGGUGACUGUUGUUGCUGGUGCAUUUGUUGCUGGUUUAGAUGCUGGUCUUGUGUAUCCAACAUUUCCUAAGAUGGGCGAUUAUUGGAUACCACCGGAAUAUUCUGAACUAUCACCUUGGUACAGAAAUCUCUUUGAAAAUCCUGUUGCCGUUCAAUUCAAUCAUCGUGUCCUUGGUCUAACAACCACCGCAUCUGUUUUAGCUUUUUCAUUAGCUUCACUUUCAGUCAAACUGGGUCGUCGUGCUGCAACAGCUCGAAAUUUACUUGCAGCUAUGGUAGUUUUACAAGCAUCACUGGGCAUUGGAACGCUUCUAUAUCACGUGCCAGUAUCCAUGGCAGCUGCACAUCAAGCAGGUUCACUUGCUCUCCUCUCAUUUGCACUGUGGUUAGCUUUCAAUUUGAAACGUGUACCGAAAAUUUAG